AUGUGGUUAAAUAUAAUUUGCAUAAGUUUAGUAAUAAUUACCUACAUAAGUCUUUCUGAUUCUAUUCCGAUUUCCGAGUUAAAUGAGACUAAAGCAUUUUUAUCGAUUAGCUCCCAGUUAUCCGAAUUAAGAGCGGAGCUAGAACGUCAGGGAAAGUUGUCCAAUGAUUCAAUCAAGGAAACAAAUCUACAUCAUUUAAAAUCUUACGGCCGUAAUUGUGCUGAAGCAACUGUUAAUUCUAAGCCUAGUGGAAUCUACAAUAUACUCAUUCCCAGCUACAGUAAACACCACUUUAAAGUGUUCUGUGAUUCAACAACUCAGGGAGGAGGUUGGACUGUCAUAUUGAGUCGAAUGGAUGGAAGUGUAGACUUUUAUCGGAACUGGAACACCUACAAAAAGGGAUUCGGAGAUUUGAAUGGAGAGUUCUUUUUGGGGUUGGAUAAAAUACAUGCCCUGACGUCAGAAUACAGCCAGGAGUUACUCGUUGUUCUGGAGGAUUUUGAAGGAACUGAAACAUUUGAAAAGUAUGAGAAAUUCGCAAUCGGAGACGAGGAUGAACAAUAUGCCCUACACACUCUGGGAAAAGCGAGUGGAACUGCUGGAGAUUCUUUCUCAUAUCAUCAUACCAUGAAAUUUUCUACGUUUGAUCGAGAUAAUGAUCGUCUUACUCAAAACGCUGCCGAACUCUACACGGGCGCCUGGUGGUACAAGGAUGGUCACUACAGCAACUUGGCUGGCAAAUAUAAAGACAACACCAGAGCAAAAGGCGUCAAUUGGCUGCACUUUAAGGGCUACGAGUACUCCCUUAAAAGGGCUGUCAUGAUGAUAAGGCCAAGGAAGUAAAUACCAAGAAUCUAAAAUUUCAAAACUAUUAUUAUAUUCACUAUUUAAAUCUAUUGCGAGUUCCCCUAAUUUACCUUCGAUAUGGAAAUCAAAAUAUAUUUUA